AUGCUUUAUCCUGUCUGGGAAAAGUAUUGGGCCACUGACCAGCCCAAAUUCCCAGCCUUAUAUGAAGCCUGUGACAAGAACGUCCAGCAUGAAUGCAAUAACGUCGAUUUCGUUUCCAACCACACAUACACUCCUACCUCAAGCGACCUGGCCGGCUCGAUCUUCUCCGAGGAGUGUCCCUCUCCGUCUCAAGAUCCCCAGUUAACGAGCCCUGAAGUUUCCCAUGGAAAUUCAGACGGUCGACAACGCUCUCCAUCAACGCAAUCAAAUGAUUGCCGUAAACUAAAGCCAACUCACACAAGACGCAAUCCAACAAAGCCAUACGAACGCGAAUCCUCAAAGCGAGUCGAAAUGAAGGGGGCAACAGAGAUGUUUGUGGGGAUACAAAAAGAGAUCGGAGUAUAA